CGCAUUGUGUGGCCAAGUUGUUUUGCUAACGCCGGUGGAUAAACACGACCGCUACGCAUUUCGUUAAAUAUAACUACGCUCUUGCUGUGUGCUGCGUUAGAUUUUUUUAACAACUUGUUAUAUUUGUCUAGAUAUGAGUCCUGGUGUCCUUGUGACCGAGCCAGUUGCGAAUGCUUCUUACGGCAAGCUAUCAAGCUAGCAAAGCAGGCCACCGACCCAAUGCUGUUGCUUGCUUUUGUCACAGAUUAUGUUACUUUAUAAUGCAAAAUGGGUUAAUUGUAGAUAAGGCAGAUCGUUCUGUCUUUGUAAACCUAUCACCGUUGAAGCUAGCUAGCUUUUCCACACACCCGUCCACAUCCAAGCGUGCACAAUUGAACGAUAGGAGGUUGGAUGUUUGUUAACCGACUCGUGUCAUGAUGGUGCUCCGGCGGCUCCUGAGGAAGCGCUGGGUGCUGGGAGUCGUCUUCGGGCUGUCGCUCAUCUACUUCCUCACCAGCACGCUGAAACAGGAGGAACGGACCAUACGGGACCGCACCCUCCUGGAGGUGAGGGACUUGGAGCGGCGCAUCCCGUGGAAGGUGCGCUUCAACCUGGGCAACAGCAGCCGGCAGAUGGGCCACUGCCGGAACUCCAUCCAGGGCAAGAUGCUGCUCACCGACGAGCUGGGAUACGUGUGCGAGCGCAAAGACUUGCUGGUGAACGGCUGCUGCAACGUCAACGCUCCCCGCACGAGGCGGCACGUCUGCAAAAGCUGCCUGGCCAAUGGCUGCUGCAGUGUUUACGAAUACUGCGUGUCCUGUUGCCUGCGGCCAGAUAAGCGAGCUCUCCUGGAGCGCUUCCUGAACCGCGCCGCGGGAGGCUUCCAGAAUCUGUUCACCGCCGUGGAGGACCUCUUCGAGCUGUGCCUGGCCAAGUGUCGCACCUCCUCACAAAGCGUUCAACACGAGAACACGUACCGGAACCCACAAGCCAAGUACUGCUACGGGGAGAGUCCUCCGGAGCUCCUUCCCAUCUAAACUGUGUUACGACCCCCCUGGAAUCACAAGAAAGACUUUUGCUGCCUUUUUUUUUUUUUACCCUCAAAGGACAUAGGCAACAAAUCCCUGAGUUACACUUCAUAAGUGCAUCCACACGAUUUCCUUCCAGUCAUCCAUGAUGAUCGGCAGCUCCCGUAUGAUCAGGACGAGACUGAUAAAGUUACCUCCGCCAAGCACGUGGCAGGCAGGUUAUGUUUUGAUCAAUGUUUGUUUGUUGUUGUGGACUGGUACUAAUGUGUAUGAAGGGCCACAAUAAAGGAAGGACAAUAAUUACA